UACACAGACUGCCAGCUUUUGGGAUUGAUGGUCAGCCUGUCUGUGUCGGGCUGGGUUUCUCUUUUAUCCAAGAAGAGGGGAGAAAAAAAAUAGCUGUGACAAACAUGACGAGACAAAAACAACGGUAAAACGCCAACAAACGAUGAACUAGACACUUUAAAGAACCCGCCAUGGCUAUAAGGGAGCUCAAAGUUUGCCUUUUAGGGGACACAGGAGUGGGUAAAUCCAGCAUUGUUUGCAGAUUUGUUCAAGAUCAUUUUGAUCACAACAUAAGCCCCACCAUAGGGGCAUCUUUCCUGACCAAGACUGUACCAUGUGGGAACGAACUACAUAAAUUUCUGAUUUGGGACACAGCUGGACAAGAACGGUUUCAUUCAUUAGCUCCUAUGUACUACAGAGGAUCAGCUGCUGCUGUCAUUGUUUACGACAUAACUAAACUGGACUCUUUCCAGACACUGAAGAAGUGGGUGAAGGAGCUGAAGGAGCACGGCCCAGAGGACAUCGUUGUAGCCAUAGCAGGAAACAAGAAUGAUUUAGGGGACAUCAGGGAAGUUCCUAUGAAGGAAGCAAAGGAGUUUGCUGAAUCAAUUGCAGCUAUUUUUAUUGAGACCAGCGCCAGAAAUGCGGUGAACGUCGAGGAGCUCUUUCAGAAAAUCAGUAAACAGAUCCCACCCCUGCAAAACGCUGAAGUGGAGAGCAAUGAUUCCUUUAAACUCACCCGGGCGCCCAAUCCCACCACCAGGAGGUGCUGCUAGUGAGAGGAGAUCAUUUAGCUGCCAAACACCGGGCCCUAAACAAAAUCCAAACGCUCAUGACGUCCUGCCGACGCAGAAGAUAGACCAAGGUCACCAAAAAGUAAAAGAAAAAAAAAAAAAAAAAACAGCGUUAAAUAGGUCAAAACACCAACUUAUUUAACUAAAUUUUAUUUCUUCUGAUCAUCAGAAGUCUUUUGGUUUGUCUCCCUCUAGUGGUGGUUUGACAAAAUUACAUCUAUCACGUUAUAAUCCCAGAUUACCCAGACUGAUUUGCUGUUUACAUGCUGGAUUUUGUUGUUCAUGCAUUUUACUGUGGCUCUUAGACCAGCUAUAUUCAUCUUCAUGUAUUCAUAGAUUUUUUUGUUUGUUUGUUUUGUACAAACGUCAGCUGAGCGUUUCUUUGAGUCGCUCACACACCUUUACAUUCCUCUAUAAAGGUUUUACUAUGAUGCUGCAGAAUGAACUUCAUCAUGAGUUUGGCGAAGAUGUUUGGUACAUGUUGAAACAUUUAAGUGUUCACUACAGAGAAUGACUGUAAAUAGCUGACAGCUUUGUUUUUACCAUUUGUGUUAAUUAUACUUUAAAAAACUGCAGGUCAUUUACUAGAAAACAUCUAGUUGUUUAAAUGAUCUUUUAAAUGAGAUUUUUGACUUGCAGGAAAACACAAUGCUUUUUUUUACCGAUUUGGUUUUCACCACUUUUUAAAAAUCCCAGCAUUUGAUUAAACACUUAAAAUUACUGUUCACCACAAUGUCAAUGAAUGAAUUGGAUUAUUUUUUACUACCAUUUGAUGUAACAUUAGUAUCUUUAUUUUGGAUAUCGGAUUCAGAUCAACACUAAUGGAGUCCUACGUGUGUUGAUCUGAAUGUUGAAUCCAACUUUUUUAGGAACCUAAAAGCAGAGUUAUGCAGUGAAUAUCAUUUAAAGUGUGAGUAAACGCCAGAGUUGUGACUACAGCCUUUCCCUGCACUGCAAGUUGUGACUUUAAAAUGAAAGAUUACUGAGAUUUGAAUGUUAAAACUGUUUGCUUUUUUUCAAUGUUUAGUUUGAUUAUGACCUUCAGUAUUAGAUGAAAUGUCACAAAAGUGCCUUUGUUUUUUUUUGUUUUUUUAUAUCUAGAUAAGUGACUACCACUAAGACAAUGAUUGUUGGUACAGUCUAACUGUGCACUUUGAAAGUGCCCAUUCUUUAUAGUUAAUCUCAUCCAGUAUGUAUAAGUCAUGCAUCCCUGUGUUCCCAGUGCAACAGGUCUAAUUUUAUGUAUUAAAACAUUGCAAUAAAGUAUUAUUCAUACACUU